CUGGUGCUGACCUGUAUGGCCGAGGGGAGCUGGCCACUGGAGUUCAAAUGGAUCCACAACAACACAGAGCUGACCCGCUUUUCACUGGAGUACAGGUAUCUGAUCCCCUCAUUGGACCGCUCCCAUGCUGGCUUCUACCGCUGCAUCGUCAGGAAUCGAGUGGGAGCCCUUCUACAGAGGCGUACAGAAGUACAGGUGGCCUUUAUGGGCAGUUUUGAAGAGGGUGAACGUACACAGUCUGUCUCUCAAGGAGAGGGCGCCGUCGUACCCGCGCCACGCAUUCGCAGCUUCCCCCAGCCGCAAGUCACCUGGUUCAGAGAUGGGCGCAAGAUUCCACCAAGCAGUCGAAUUGCCAUCACUCUGGACAACACGCUGGUCAUCUUGUCUACGGUGGCACCAGAUGCUGGGCGUUACUACGUCCAGGCGGUAAAUGACAAGAACGGAGAGAACAAAACCAGCCAGCCCAUCACCCUGUCAGUAGAGAAUGUUGGAGGUCCAGCAGACCCCAUUGCCCCCACCAUCAUCAUCCCUCCCAGGAACACUAGCGUGGUCACGGGCACGUCAGAGGUCACAAUGGAGUGUGUGGCCAAUGCAAGACCUCUUAUCAAGCUAAGUAUCUCAUGGCGUAAGAAUGGCGUGUUGGUGACCAGCGGUUUGAGCGACUUCAACCGCAGGCUGACCAUCCUCAGUCCUGUGGUGAGUGAUGCCGGCUAUUACGAGUGUGAGGCGAUUCUCCGCAGCAGCAGUGUGCCCUCAGUCAGCGCUGGGGCUUAUCUACACGUUCUAGAGCCACCACAAUUUAUUAAAGAACCAGAGAAACACAUAACAGCUGAAAUGGAGAAGGUUGUAGACAUACCCUGUCAGGCACGAGGAGUCCCCCAGCCUGAUAUUGUGUGGUAUAAGGAUGCUUUGCCCAUUGACCCAGUGAAAACACCCAGGUACCGGGUGCUGGUUGGAGGCAGCCUGCAGGUCAAUGGCCUCCUGCCUGAUGACACCGGGAUGUUUCAGUGCUUUGCCAGGAAUUUGGCAGGAGAAGUCCAGACUAACACAUACCUGGCUGUUACCAGCAUUGCCCCAAAUAUCACAGCCGGACCCUCUGACAGCACUGUGAUCGACGGCAUGUCUGUCAUCCUGCACUGUGAGACCUCUGGUGCUCCGAGACCGGCUAUCACCUGGCAGAAAGGCGAGCGCGUGUUGGCCAGCGGUUCUGUCCAGCUGCCCAGGUUCACCCUGCUCGAGUCAGGCAGCCUGCUCAUCUCCCCCUCCCACAUCUCAGAUGCCGGGACCUACACUUGCAUGGCCAGCAACUCCAGGGGCAUCGAUGAGGCAUCAGCUGACCUCGUGGUCUGGGCUCGCACCCGAAUUACCACACCCCCACAGGACCAGAGUGUUAUAAAAGGAACUAAAGCCAUUAUGACCUGUGGAGUCACACAUGACCCCAGUGUAACUGUCAGGCAUGUGUGGGAGAAGGAGGGUUCAGUGAUCAGCGUCCAGUCCACCCCUCGCCUUCGGCUGGACCCGGACGGCACCCUCCACAUCUCCCAAACCUGGUCAGGUGACAUAGGCACAUACACGUGCAGAGUAACCUCGGUUGGCGGCAACGACUCCCGCAGUGCCCACCUUCGCGUCAGGCAGCUGCCCCAUGCCCCGGAGAACCCUACAGCCGUUCUGGGCACAUCUGAAAAAAGAGCCAUCGACCUGGCUUGGGCCAAACCCUUUGAUGGCAACAGUCCUCUCAUACGCUACAUUCUGGAGGUUUCCGAAAACAAUGCCCCCUGGGCCAUCCUGCUGGCCAAUAUUGAGCCAGAAUCCAUAGCAGUGACAGUCAGUGGUUUGAUCCCAGCGCGGUCCUAUCAGUUCCGACUCUGUGCCGUUAAUGAUGUGGGGAAGGGACAGUUCAGCAAGGAGACAGACCGUGUCUCUCUCCCAGAGGAGCCCCCCAGUGCUCCCCCUCAGAAUGUUAUAGCUAGCGGUCGGACCAACCAGUCCAUCAUGAUCCAGUGGCAACCCCCACCAGAAAGCCAUCAAAAUGGGAUUCUAAGGGGCUACACCGUUCGGUACCGUCUCACUGGGCUGCCUGUGGACUAUCAAAUCAAGAACAUUUCCAGCCAUGAUGUGACCAACCUGCUGCUGGAGGACCUCAUCAUCUGGACUAACUAUGAGAUUGAGGUGGCUGCCUACAAUGGGGCAGGUUUGGGCACGUUCAGCCACAAGGUCACUGAGUGGACUCUGCAGGGAGUACCAACCAUCACACCGGGCAACGUGCAGGCCGAGUCAGUCAACUCAACAACGAUCCGUUUUACGUGGACAGCCCCUAACCCUCAGUUCAUCAACGGCAUCAACCAGGGCUACAAGUUGCUGGCCUGGGAACCAGGCAGAGAUGAAGAAGUUUCUAUGGUAACAGUGCGACCAAACUUCCAGGACAGCGUUCAUGUGGGAUAUGUGACAGGUCUGAAGAAGUUCACUGAGUAUUACACGUCUGUGCUGUGUUUCACUACGCCCGGAGACGGCCCCCGCAGCCCACCCAAAGCAUUAAGGACACAUGAAGACACCCCCGGUGCUGUGGGCCACCUUAGUUUCACCGAGAUCCUGGAUACCUCACUUAAAGUCAGCUGGAGUGAGCCCGGCGAGAAGAAUGGCGUUCUCACAGGCUACCGCAUUUCGUGGGAGGAGUACAACCGCACAAACACUAGAGUUACCCACUACCUGCCGAAUGUCACCUUAGAGUACAGGGUCACUGGACUCACUGCUCUCACCACCUACACCAUUGAAGUGGCAGGCAUGACCUCCAAAGGCCAGGGCCAGCUGUCCUCUUCCACUAUUUCCUCAGGCGUCCCACCAGAGCUCCCCGGUCCUCCAACCAACAUGGCAAUUUCCAACAUCGGCCCACGCUCUGUCACCCUGCAAUUCAAACCUGGUUAUGAUGGCAAAACUUCCAUUUCCCGAUGGCAGGUGGAGGCCCAGGUGGGUGUGGUAGGAGAAAAUGAGGACUGGGUGAUGGUCCACCAGGUGUCCAAUGAGCCUGAUGCUCGCUCCUUAGAAGUGCCAGGUCUCAACCCAUACACCUUCUACAGGUUCCGGAUGCGUCAGGUGAACAUUGUGGGCACCAGUAUUCCCAGCCAGCCCUCCAGGAAGAUCCAGACCCUGCCAGCUCCUCCAGACAUGGCUCCUGCCAAUGUCACUCUGCGCACUGCGAGUGAGACUAGCCUCUGGUUACGAUGGAUGCCUUUGCCUGAAUGGGAAUAUAAUGGGAAUGCAGAGCAGUUGGGGUACAGGGUACAGUACUCCCGUGCAGGCUCACAGGGCCGAGCACUGACCCAUGUUAUUGCUGACCGCCUGGAGAGAGAGUUUACUAUUGAGGACCUGGAGGAGUGGACAGAGUAUGAGGUCAGGGUCCAGGCUGUCAACGGCAUUGGGAUGGGACCCUGGAGCCAGCCAGUCAGAGGCAGGACCAGGGAGUCUGUUCCCUCCUGUGGGCCCACCAACGUAUCCGCCUUCGCCACCACCUCUAGCAGUAUACUGGUACGCUGGUUUGAAGUUCCUGAGCCAGACAGAAAUGGACUCAUUUUGGGCUACAAGGUGGUGUACAAAGAGAAAGACUCUGACAGUGCAGUCCACUUCUGGACAGUGGAGGGCAACGCUACACACAGUGUCCAGCUGACUGGUUUGGGCAAAUAUGUGCUCUACGAGAUCCAGGUUCUGGCUUUUACACGAAUUGGAGACGGACGGCCCAGUUCCCCACCCAUCUUGGAGAGGACUUUGGAUGAUGUUCCAGGACCUCCAGUGGGUAUCCUGUUCCCUGAAGUGAGGACCACCUCAGUACGGCUUAUAUGGCAGUCUCCUUCACAGCCUAAUGGCAUUAUACUUGCCUACCAGAUCACAUACCACCUCAAUUCCACCAAUAGCAACGCGGCCACAGUGGACGUGCUGAACCCCAGCGCUCGUCAGUACACAGUGACCAGCCUGAAGCCGGAGUCUGUCUACGUGUUCCGCAUCACAGCUCAGACACGGAAGGGCUGGGGCGAGGCUGCCGAGGCACUGGUGGUCACCACGGAGAAAAGAGCUCGUCCUCAGCCUACUAGCCGUCCCACAGUGCCUCAGAAAGAUGUUCAGGCACGCCAUGUUUUGCUUUCGUGGGAGCCAGGCAGCGACGGCCUUUCCCCUGUGCGUUACUACACGGUGCAGCUCAGAGAGCUUCCUGAGAGCAACUGGACUGUCCACUCUGCCUCUGUUAACCAUGAAGCCACCUCCUACAUAGUAUCCAGGCUGAAACCCUUCACAUCCUACCAGUUCCGAGUAAAAGCCACCAACGACAUAGGGGACAGUGAGUACAGCGAGGAAAGUGAAGCUAUCACAACUCUACAGGAUGCACCCGACGAACCACCCGCUAUUCUCUCCGUCACGCCACACACAACAACAUCAGUGCUGAUUCGCUGGCAGCCUCCCUCUGAAGAGAAGAUAAAUGGAAUUUUACUGGGAUUUCGGAUCCGAUACCGGGAGCUGCUGUAUGACCGUCUCCGUAGUUACUCUGUUCAUACCAUCAACAGUAUGUCAACCUGGGCUGAGCUUACUGCCCCAUACAGCAUCCGGAAUCUGAGUGAUCCUACUUUGAGCCAGUAUGAGCUGAACAAGCUGAGUAAACACAAGCGCUAUGAAAUUCGUAUGAGUGUGUACAACGCUGUGGGCGAGGGGCCAACCAGCCCUCCGCAUGAGGUGUUUGUGGGAGAAGCAGUGCCCACAGCCCCACCCCAGAAUGUGGUCAUUCAGUCCUCAACAGCCACCCAGCUGGAUGUAACGUGGGAACCUCCUCCUGUAGACGCUCAGAAUGGAGAUAUCCAGGGCUACAAGGUUUACUUCUGGGAGUUCCAGCGUAAGAAUGAGACAGAACGGCUGCGUACUCUGUUCAUGCCUGAGGGAGGGGUGAAGCUGAAGAACCUGACUGGUUAUACCACGUACAUGAUUAGUGUAGCGCCAUUCAAUGCUGCUGGGGACGGACCCCGCAGCCCCCCAACCAGGGGACGCACUCAGCAAGCAGCUCCCAGUGCUCCCAGCUUCAUCCACUUCAGUGAGCUGACCACCACCUCGGUCAACGUGUCCUGGGGCGAGCCCACCUUUCCUAAUGGCAUCAUCGAGGGUUACCGUCUGAUCUAUGAACCCUGCACACCUGUAGAUGGCGUCAGUAAGACAGUGAUGGUGGACGUGAAGGGAAGCGGACCCCUCUGGUUGAAGCUCAAAGAUUUGGUCGAUGGCAUCACUUACAACUUCCGCAUCCGGGCCAAGACCUUCAUCUACGGGCCCGAGGUGGAGGCUAACAUCACCACUGGCCCGGGAGAAGGUGCCCCGGGCCCCCCUGGAGAGCCUUUUAUCACACGCUAUGGUGCGGCCCUGACCAUCCACUGGACCAGCGGGGACCCAGGACGUGCCCCCAUCACACGUUACGUUAUCGAAGCCAGGCCUUCAGAUGAGGGAUUGUGGGAUAUCCUAAUCAAGGACAUUCCUAAAGAAGUGACAUCGCACACAUUCAACAUGGAUAUUCUGAAGCAAGGAGUCAGUUACGACUUCCGGGUAAUAGGAGUGAAUGAUUACGGCUAUGGCUCUCCAAGUCUACCCUCUCCAUCUAUAUCUGCCCAAAAAGUGGCGCCUUUCUAUGAGGAGUGGUGGUUCCUGGUUGUGGUGGCUCUGGUGGGGCUCAUCUUCAUCCUGCUGCUGGUUUUCAUCCUCAUUAUCAGGGGACAGAGCAAGAAGUAUGCCAAGAAGUCUGAAUCAGGUAACAACUCCAACUGUAACGCCCUUACCCACGGAGACAUGGUCAGUCUGGAUGAAGGCCGUUUCCCCGCUCUGGAGCUCAACAAUCGACGACUGUCUGUGAAAAACUCUUUCUGCCGGAAGAACGGUGUCUACACCAGGUCUCCUCCCAGGCCCAGCCCAGGCAGUCUCCACUACUCAGACGAGGAUGUCAGCACAAAAUACAAUGAUCUGAUUCCUGCAGAGAGCAGCAGCCUGACUGAGAAACCUUCAGAAAUCUCAGACUCACAGGGCAGCGACAGUGAGUAUGAGGUGGACCCCAACCGACAGAAGACCCACUCCUUUGUCAAUCACUACAUAAGUGACCCCACUUACUACAACUCCUGGCGCCGCCAACAGAAAGGCAUAUCACGUGCGCAGGCUUACAGCUACACAGAGUCCGAGUCAGGCGAGCCGGAAAUUUGCGCCCCACCGCCACUGCCUCCUCUACCUCCGCUGCCACCCCAGCUCAGUUCACCUAGCCCCCAGCCUCAGCAGGCCCAGGGACAACCCCAGGGCCAAGGCAGCCUGUUCAGGCCCAAAGGUAGCCGGACUCCCACCCCCUCCCAGCAGAGCUCCAACCCCCCAAGCCAGCACAGCACCCUCUACAGGCCCCCCAGCAGCCUAGCCCCUGGUUCACGGGCCCCCAUUGCUGGCUUCUCCUCCUUUGUGUGA